AUGACUAGUAGCAGAUCAUCAGACCAAUCCGACGCCGCGUCGUUUGGAAACAAGGGCACACACCGAGGAAGCAGCGCAGAUAAGCCUGGCGAGUUUGCAGAAGCGGCAGCGGGGACGAUAGAAAAGCGGCCAGGGACCUCGUGGAAGAUAUGGUACCAGAACCGACGGCCAUCGAUGAACACCAGCAGCGCGCGGAAUCUCAGCGCGAAGCUGGAGAAGCCUAGCGAGACCGCGGCAGCGCAGUCGGCUACGGGUACGGCUUCGAUGACUGCGACGGCGAUGUCGUGGUGGCGGCGGGGCUCCUUCACCUCUCUGAAGGGCAUGAGCCGGCGCUGCUCGGACGCCAGCAACGGGACGGGGGGUGAGGUGGUCGCGGAGCAGGUGGUCGCGGAGCAGCCGACGCCGCUGUCGCCGGCGGAGGCGCGAGACACCAAGGUGAGGAAGCGGGCGUGGCCGCUGUGGGCGAAGAGCAGCACCGCUGCGACCGUGGAUGACGAGACGGCGCAGCAGCAUACGAGUCGGCUGCGUAAGCCGGUGAUCAACGAACUGAUCGUCGCGAGCCGGGACGCGCUUCUGUUCCUGCCAAAAACAGCCAAGGAGGGGGCGCCGCAGGCGGCCGGCAAGGAGGAGAGCGCGGGCCAAUCGCACCUUCUGGUGCCGUCGUUUGACAUCUUGCCGAAGUAUACGACGCUGUCGUAUCUGUACUCCUCUUUGGGUAGCAUAGGUUACCGAUUGAACCUGCUGUCGGAGAGCCGCGUGCAGCACCAGACGCUGUACCGACGGGGCCCGGACAUGAUGCUGAACUACCUGUCUGCGCAUAAAACGCGCCCGGUCAAGGUGCUCCUGGUGGGAGUGCACGGUUUCUUCCCCAUGAAAGUGAUCAGGCCGCUGAUCGGCGAGCCGACCGGCACGUCGACCAAGUUUAUCACAGAGGCAGAGAAGACCGUGUUGCAGUGGUUUCGGGAUCGGCAGACGCCUGUGGACGUAAGCAAGAUCGCUCUCGAAAAGGAGGGAAAGGUCUUCGAGCGGGUCGACUUCUUCUUCGAAGUGAUGAAGAAGUGGGCGAAUGAGAUCAACGAAGCCGACUUUGUCUACUUCGUUGCGCACUCGCAGGGCUGUCCGGUGACGAUUAUUCUGCUAGCUAAGUUACUGGAGGCAGGCGUUAUACAGUUGCAUUCUGUCUAUGUUGACCGGGAAAUGACCAACGAGCUCGCCGAGGAGCGCAGGAGAAAGGUGGUCAGCGUGUUGGCCAUGGCUGGUAUUAACAACGGCCCCUUCUAUGGGGUGGACCAAACGUUCUUGGUCAAGGCAUACUCGACAAUCGAAAACGACUCUCUGCAGGAGCUCUUCCAAUUUCAGGACUUUAACACCGUGCAGUCCAAGAAGUACAUCCAGUCCCUCAGGCUCAUCAUCGCAAGCAACGUCAAGAUCACGUACGUCGGGUCGAUCAACGACCAGUUGGUGCCACUGUACUCCUCGACUUGCUUGUUUGCACAUCAUCCAAACAUCUUCAGGGCAACCUUUAUAGACAAGGACUCUAAGACGCCAGCAUUUAUUACUCGCAUAGUUAAAAUUGCGCACCACCUGAUUAACAUGGGCUACGAUGACCACAAUAUCGUUAAGGAAAUCAGUGCGUCGUUAGCCGGGACUCUCACCGGUGGUGGGCACUCAAAAGUUUACAACGAACACCAGGUUUACGAGCUCGGCAUCAAAUUUGCAUUGGAGACCACCGACCUCCCCGUCGACGUGCCCGUCAUCUACAAGCCGUAUCAGGUCAACCAGCUGGGCUCCAACCCCUACCACCUGCCCUGGUGCAUGCGCGGCCUGCUUUACGAGACCGGGGCCCACCUGGACAAGGAGGAGAUCAUCAUGCUGUUCAAGGAGUUCGACGAGUGGGAGCCGGACUCCAAGCAGCUCAAAGACGUCAAGUACAGGCUCAGCGGGCUCAAGUCAAAGCUCUAG